AUGGAAACCUCACCGCCGCUGACCCCAUUGCGGUCACAUAUGUCGCCUCUUGAUACAUCGUCGAGCCCGAGCCACUCCUUCAGCGAGCAACUGAGACGGCGAACGAGCAGCUUCUCCUCCAACCAUGACCGGAGCCCACUCACACCUGCAAACAGACACAGAUUUUCCAAUGCAUCACAAUUAUCCGGCGACUUCGGCACGCCGGUGGACGAGGGAGGGGGCGGUUUGGGCAACCUGGCAGACGAGCUGGACCAGUUGGAUGACGACGAUGAUUUUGAAGAAGGGGAGACAGAGGAUGGCCUGCGUGCGCAUGGAGACGGAGAGAAAGACGAGGCAUCAAGAGACUCGGGAAUCGACGUUUCGUACCGCGAUUCCAAGACUAAAUCAUCCCCGAACUCAGUACGCAACUUCUCGAAGCCGUUCGCCGGGAAAGAAGAGGAGCCACCCGAUGAAGAGGAAGAGUACCCGGCAGAGGAACGGUUCUCGCGGGAUCUGGAGAAUCUGAUGAGCACCGUUGCGCGCAUGACAAGCUACACAUCCACCACCGAAGAUCCGCUCAUUCCACGUACGAUCGGCGCGAUGCAGGACUUGGGCAAUCAGUCCAGCUUGGAGGCUGCAGCGCAGCGGUUCACUACCUCCACGAACAGUCUGACGGCUUACCUAACCUCUCAGACGAAAAGUCUACAGACGCUCGCGCAAAGUCUAUACCCCCUGUACACCUUCUCUGCUCCACUCGACCCUACCGUUGUUGAGGAAGCUUUGCCUCUGGCCGAAUUGCUCUUGUCGGAGAUUCCGCAGCCAGACGUGGAGGCCACAAAAAUGAUGCACAAGCUGGGCGAAGAGACACAGGAAACCAUCGAGAAGCUUUCGCAGCUAACGGACACCCUGCAAAUGGGCAAACAGAUCACAGCCACUGCCGCUCGUCACCUCCGCAAUACGCAGGAUAUGGUCGUCGAUCUGAGGGAAGAGCAGGAAAGAGCGGAGCUCGCAAGGCAUGAGCUGGCGAAAAGCGACUGGGAAGAGAAGGUGAAGGAUCGGUGGUGUGCAGCGCAGUGUCAGGAUAUCAUGUCAGGGUUUGAGGAUCGGUGUACGGCUUUGAGAGGAAGUCUGGAAGAAGCAAUCAAUGCUGGCGCGUGA